GCUUGGGCUUUCAUCAAUAAUUGAUUUGUCUUUUGAAUUUGAUAGAGGAAUGCAUGCUUGGUUUGGUCAAGAUUGGGAAAAUUUAAAACAAAAUGUUUCAAAUCAUAUAAAUUUAAAAAUAAAAAAACUUGAGGGUGAGAUUUUAUCUGAUAUCAUUAAAAUAGAAGUAAAAAAAAAUCCUCAUACUUUUGUUGAUAAAGAGGGAGGAAAUAAGCAAUUAACAGAACUGGAGUAUAUCAUGAAGAUGACAAAUCCCAUUUUAGAUUUGAAAUGGGGUGAAACAGUUUCCAAAGCUACCACAAAUCAUAAAAUUGAUUUAAGAAUAUUAACUGUUGAUGGCAUAGA